CACAUGCAUGUUUUAUUAAAAAUAACUCAAUUUAGUGCCAGUGUCCAGACAAGAAAUCGCUUCCUUUGUCCAUUACCAUAUAUUGUCAUGUCAAUACUUUGUUCCUCCCCUGAAUGUAAAGCGGGUGAAUUCACUGAUGAGAUGAUAUACUAGUGUACGUCUGUGUCAUGUUCACCGCCGCCUGCUAAAAGUCCCACCGUGCAACGCUCCACAUUAAAUGGAUGCAAAAAUCAGUCACGCAAGUCCAAAAUUGUUCUGAGGCAAAAUAUCACACAUGCUAAUCGCACUCAGGCUCCCCCCCUUUCAGUUCUGAUGUGGGGUUACCUGGACAUAUGUGGUUGAUGAGGCUAUAACAUCCGCCUGGCCGCAAAUAAAAAAAAUAUAUAAAUGUUGUCUUCUCACAUUCUUUGCACUUCCCUGCUGUUGUUUUUAGAAGUGUGCGCGUUUAUGAAGGGUGCAGUGUCUCUGCAUGCGCAUGGUGCCUGUAGGUCAUCUCUCAGCUGUAAUGUGAUGUCGUGACCACCCAGAGGCACUGCUGACUCAAGCUGACACCUGAGGCUGAGACGCUCAGCUGCUGGAGGGAAGACAGUUUAAAGAGGGACAUGGACGGGGUGUGGUGAAGACCUUUCCCCGCCCCGUUUAUGUCCCAAAAUACAGAGGCGAACCUGUUGCUCCCCGGCUCUGGAGACGCAGAUAGCUCAGACAACACAUUGGGCCGGGGCAGCAGGGGUGGACAUCUAGGAAACAAAUAGUAGAAGGAAGACGGAACAAAAUCGCCUGCCACCUCAGCUGGAGACCCUUCGAAAGAUGAGAGGGGAGUAUAAGAGAAGACGCACAUUAAGAAACGUCCUCCAUGGAUCUUGAUGGGACUCCGGUAAGAGGAAUCCCCCUGUGACCCUGAUCAGCCUUUAAAACCCUUUGGCAUCUUCAGCUUUGGUGAAAAGGUGGAAUGGAGCGUGUCAGAUAACUCUGAACGUUUUUCAGAAGGAAAGAAUUUGUAGGAAAACCCCUUGGUCGAGAACUCAAAACUUCCAAAGGACGAGAAACAGAGAACGAACUGAAAAAGGACAAGAAAGAUUUGAAGGUUUGGUUCCUGAGCUCUGAGCUGACCACCCCAUCACUCAUUUAACUUCUGGGGCGGUGAGAGUCGAGAAGGAAGCCAUGGAUGUAGCAACGGAGAGCGUUCAGGAGGCGAUGGUAAGCGACGCUCUGGUUCAGUUCAAGGCCACGUUGCAAGCUGCCAUCGAGGAGGUGCACGUGGAUGUAAGUGCUUUCAAGCAGCGCAUUGAGCAGAGGAUCGAGGAUCUGUGCAUUUCAAACGGACCGUUGGCCGGGGCAGUGACCAAGCUGCAGGAAGAGAAUGUGCAGCUCAGGGCGAAGAUGGAGGCCCUCAGCCGCCUGGUGGAGGGUCUCGCUGGGGUGAAUAUCGAGAGGAGUCCUGCUGAAGUGAAGGGGAAGAACGGGGAGGAGAGUUUAGAGAAUGGACAUGCACAGCUACAGUCCACGACCCAGGAGGAGCAGAGAGGUUUGGUCACCACCAGCCAGUCCAGUUUAUCCACUUCCACAUACUCCGAUCCAUCAGGGUCAGGUGGGAAUGGAGGAUGGAGCCAUGCUACUGCCCCUGCUUCAGUUCCCAGCUACACCCGAGCACCACCUCCAUGGAGAGCAAAGAGACAUGCAGAAAUUAACGGCACUGAUGCCAAAGGAGAGAAAAGUGAUGCCCACGUUGCCACGACUGCUCGAGAGAACGGUAAACAAGAAGGCUCAUCAGUGGACUCCGAUGCAGUCCAAACUGUUGGGGCCAUUCCUCAGUCUCACAGGCCUCUCACCGCCUCCAUGAAGCCAAGUCCAGAGUCUUCUGCCUUAACUGACUCUGUUCAGUCCAACGUGGAAACUGCCAACGCACCUGACCAGGAGGAUUCAGGUCCUCUGAACAAACCCCAUCUUCCCCUCACUGCGAUGAAAAAGUCCAGCUGUGAAGCUCCAGCUGUUCCUCACUCUCCCGCGUCUGUUCCCAGAGCAACAAAAGAAACUCCGGCACAGUCAGUCGAGACUCCUGCUCAGUCUGAUGAACCCCAGCCUCAUCUCCCUGUCACUGCCAUGAAAAGCAAACUCAGUCCUGAGAGUCUGACUGCUACCAAACCUGCCCAGUCUCCAACAGCUGUGCCUAAAGCAACUGUCCAUUCUCCAACAGAGGCUCCAACAGGAGAGGCAGGGGAAUAUCCUUUUGUAAGAGGUGCAUCUCUAGCAAAGGAGUCGAGGACGCAGCUAUCCCAGGAGCAGUCGGGUUCUGUAUCUCAGGCCCAUUUUCCUCUCACAGCUGUGACCAAAAGCAGCUCUGAGACCUCCGCUGCGUCCAAACCCGACCAGACUCCCGCUGCCGUACCGAAUCCUUCAGUACCAGAGUCACCGACGGUGAAGAGAGGCGUAUACCCGUUCAAACAUGAUGCCACUCAACCCAAGCCACACUUGACUCUCUCCGCCAUGAACACAUCCAACACAGAGUCGUCAACCACAGCUCAGUCUUCAGGUAUCUCAGCGUCACAGGAUCCCGCCGUGAAACCUGGGGAAUAUCCCUUUAAGCGGGUACCCAUUCUCAAGACACCCAGUCCCAGUCUAAAGAGAAGUGUCAGCUUUCCUCAGCCUGCAGAAAAAUUACUUCCCUCCAAAUCAAUCAUAAAAUCUGGCUUCUCACCUAAUCUGGACAAGAAAGUGAACAAGACAGGUGGGGUGGAGUUUAAGCAGGAUUUGAUAAAAUCACAAACACUCCCACGCUCCAAUGGGGCGCAGGCCAAACGGGCCAUGUUUGAGAGGAUGAACUCGGAGCCUACAAAACCGAAGGAUUCGAAGCCGAAACUGAAGCGCUCCCAGAGUUUUGGAAUGUCCAGCGCCAGUGGCAUCAAACAGAUCCUGUUGGAGUGGUGCCGCUCAAAAACCAUCGGCUAUCAGAACAUAGACAUCCAGAACUUCUCGUCCAGCUGGAGCGAUGGGAUGGCGUUCUGCGCUCUGGUCCACUCUUUCUUCCCUCUGGAGUUUGAUUACAACACGCUGGACGCCGCAAACCGCAGACACAACCUCCAGCUGGCCUUCACCACCGCAGAGGAGCAGGCUGACUGCCUCCGUCUGAUCGAGGUGGAGGACAUGCUGGACAUGGGGGACAAGCCAGACCCCAUGUGUGUGUUCACAUACGUCCAGUCCCUCUACAACCACCUGAAGAAGUUCGAGUAACUCUGUAUCAGAGUAGAUUACACAGCCUAGAUUGUUAUUAACCACAGUGUGCCAUGAACACUUUGAACGAGCCAACUAUUGUGGAGCCUCUUGGUUUUACACAGUGUGUGUGUAUUCAACAGUUUUCCUUGAGAAUUCACAGCUGACACUGAUUCUUAAAAUGCAGUUAUCUUAUGACAUGUAUUGUGAUGUGUGUGGCUCUAAGGUUUUUAUGUAGCUCUCAGUUCAAUGAUGCUGUAAUCAAGGUUAAUUAGUUAAAGAAAUAUGAAUUUGUUAUAGCUGAUGUGUUUGGGAACAGGUGCAAUGUUACAAACCAAAGAUUUAUGAAUAUGAACCAGUGUAGAGAUGCUCCAGUGACAAUAAACUGGAGUACUGCCCAAGUUGAGUCUUGAAAUAUGGCGAAAUAAAGCAAUUUUAUAGUAUUUUCCUAGCAUUGUUAAUUGUGAU